UUACAAAUUAAAAACACUUUUGCUCAUAUAAUGGCUGGAAAUUACAAGAGAGUAGUAUUGUGUAAAGGAUUAUCUGAAAAGAGCAAGCAGGAAACAUAUAGCAAGACAUUGGAAUCAGCUGGUUAUAAUUGCGAAUGUUUACAAACUUUAAAAUUCGAAUUUGUGAAUAUUUCGGAUCUGCGAGCAUGUCUGCGAGUAGCUGACAGAUAUAGUGGUUUAAUAUUAACUAGUCCUCGUACAGUUGAAGCUGUUGUAUUGGCAGUAAAAGAAGAUACUAGUAUCCUGUAUCAUUGGGAACAGGUGCCAACGUACUGUGUGGGAACUGUGACAGAGUCUCUCGCAAGAAAUCAACUUAAUUUGCAACAUUGUGUAGGCAGUCAGUCUGGUAAUUCAAAGCAACUGGCUGCAAAAAUUAUUCUUGAUAUAAAAAAAGAUUCCAAACCAUUAUUGUAUCCAUGUAGUGAAAUUGCACGUGAAACUAUCUCUUGUACUGUUGGAGAUAGUGAAAUUUCAAUAAAAAAGAUCAUAGUUUAUAGAACAUUAGAGAGUGAAACUCUUGAACAAGAAUUACCAAAAAUGCUCGAGAAAUCUCCUAGUAUAUUUGUUUUUUUCAGUCCAUCUACAGUUGAGCAUAUUACAGCGCAACUUAAGAGAAAUUUCUAUAAUGUCAAAAAUAUAAAAGCAGUAGCAAUAGGACCUGUAACAAAAGAUGCAUUAAUUGAUUCUGGUUUCAAUGUAUAUGCCACUGCGAAUAAACCUGAACCAGUAGCUUUAAUGCAAGCGAUUACAGCUGCUGAUUCUAUAGAAAAUUUAAAAAAGAAUAAUUUAUGACAUGACGUCUUUUGGGUUGUUUGUCAUAAAGAUCGAUCAUGAAAACCGGAAAACCAAAUUGGUGCGCAGUUUAUAGACAAUAUAAUGUGCAUUUGCAAAUUUGGGGGUGAUCCCGAUUGAUCACGGCUCGAUUGGACACUAUCAAUUACAGCGACCAGUG